ACAAUCGACUUGAGAACAUUUCCAUCUCCCCAAAAGAGGCUGUGUCACUCCCCAUCCCUCUCCCCCCAGCACCUGGCAACUACUAAUAUGCUUUCUGUCCCUACGGAUUUGCCUGUUCUAAACAAUUUGCAUACAUGAAUCACGUGAGAUAUUGUCUUUCAUGUCUGCCUUCUUUCACUUGGCAUAAUGUUUUGAGGUCCACCUACAUUGUGCCGUGAGUCACAACUUCAUUCCCUUGUAUGACCGAGCACCACACCAUCGUGUGUCUCCCAUCGUAUGCACUGACCACAUUCUGUCUGUGCUUCCACAGACCGACAUUUGCGGUGCUUCUGCGUUUUGGCUGUUAACAGUAAUGUUGUGGGAACAUCCAUGUGCAGGUUUUUGCGUGAACAUAUGUUUUCACUUCUCUUGAAUACACACCUAGCAGUGGAAUGAAUGAGAUCUAAUGGUAAUUCUCUGUUUAGCUUUUUGAGGAACUGCCAGACUGUUUUGCACGGCCGCAGCUGCAUCCUUUUACGUUCCCAGUAGUGUGUGAGGCUCCAGUUUCCCCCCAUCUUCCCGAACACUUGUUACUUCCCUUUUAUACAGUUAUCUACGGGGUGUGAAGCUGCAUCUUACUGUGGUUUGAUUUGCAGUCCCCUGACAGCUAAUGGUGUGAGCAUCUUUUUGUGCGCUUGUUGGCCAUUUGUAGCAAUACAUUUUCUUUGAGGAAAUGUCUCUUCAGACCCUUUGCCGUGACCCAGAGUUUCCAGAGAGAAGGACUGAAGAAGUGCCCAGCAGUUGGUGCCCAGCAGUUCGAGGCAGCAGCGGGUAGGGCACGAGCUGGCGCACCCUGACCCUCCCCUACCCCCGCCCGGGCUGCGGGGCAGGCUCACAUGGGGUGUUUCCGGACUGUCGCUGUGCCAGGCCGGCCGAGGUUUCACUUUUGGAUCUGGGGACCUUUGGGCUGUGUGCUCGCUCGGCAGCUCCGGGGCAGAGCCCUCCGAUCCCAGCCAGCAGAGCGGCCUGGCUUCAGCUUUGUGGGCACGGGCACGCCAACAGUCACGGUCACGGUGAGCUGCUCCCCGCCCCUGCACGCCGCACCCCACUGCCUGCCCUGGCUCCGGGGUGGGGCUCUCCCUAGUGCUGGGUGGGGGGAGGCCAGCUCCCCUGGGUGGAGACCUGGUACGGGCACCCUUCUGCGGCUUCCCCAAGCCCCCCAGGACUCGCAAUCCCAGGCCGGCUUGGGGAAGCCCCAGGCCUCUGGGAAGGGGGUGUCCUCCCCAGCCCGGCUAGUUUGGGCUUAACUCCUGGUAGGCCCUCUAGGUGCUCCUUGGCCCACUCUCAGACUUCAGACCAGCCCUGAAGCUCAGAGGCUUCCUAAGGGCUGGCCCCCGUGACUGGAGCCCAGAUGUCCUGGGUCCUGAGUCAGGCCCACAUUGGCUUCUGACCCCUGAAGACAGACUAGUGGCUCACGGAGCUUUGGGCGCAGAGAAAGCCCUGGAGGACACGUCUAGGAGCUGGGGACACUUUGGCUGGGCCUUGCUGUGGGCCUUUGCACCAACUGCCCAGGAAGUGAUGGCUUCUGUUUCCUCCCCUGCCCUCUGAACACCUCAGCCAGGGGUUCAGCUGCUACAGCAGACAGAACAGUGGCCCGGGGUCACUCCAAGGCCCCAGCCUUGCCCUGCCCUUCCUCAGUGGCUGCUUUUCGUGAGCAGCCCUAAGCCUUGAAGUGACAAAGUGACAAGAGGCCUUGGUGGGUGGCCAGGGCUGCCCCCUCCCCGCCCCAAGCGCUGAGUCCCAGGGCUUUCUUGGGCUUCACGUGGGCACUCUGAUCACAGAACAGAUGGUGUGCAUGGCCUGAGUCCCACUGAGGGCUGUGAAUGACGUCCCACCCUGGAGGUGCUCAUGGCCCCUUGGAGAGGCGGAUGAGUGGAUGGCAGGGUGUACUUCUGCUUGUUUUCGUGUUGGGUGAUAGUCAGCAGCAAGCGCUUUCUGCCAGUCAGAGCACCCCAGGACUAGCCAAGCAGGGUUGCUUUGGAGGGAAAGAGCUCCCCAUCACUGGAGAUGUCCAAGUACCUACCUUCCCCCUCUUCCGCCCGCCCUCUUCCAGUCCUGCGGGUGCAAGGCCUGACCCAGCUGCCCGCCUCAGGAGCAUGGCAUCGGCCUUUGCGAGGGUGGUCAAGAGCGUGGUCCGGGAGCUGGACCACAGUGGAGAGCUCACCCCUGUGGACAGCCUGCAGAGCUCCACCAGCUUCCAGCUCUACUGCCUUUUGGGCAGGAGGUCCUCGAGUUCACGGUUCUGGAGACACCGCUACACACGUGUCAACCUGUCCAUCAGGGACAUCCUGGAGCCCGACGCCCCGGAGCCAGCUGUGGAGCGUGGCAGCACCUUCCGUUUCCACGACGCUGUGGACGGGCAGCUGCAGGGCAGCGUGGAGCUGGCGGCCCCAGGACAGGGGAAGCUGUCAGGUGGGGCCGCGGUGUCGGGCAGCUCCAGCACCUCGAUGCACGUGUGCAUGCUGCGAGUGGCCCCCAACACCUGGGAAGCCAUGCAUCGGGAGAGGCGCUUGCGGCAGCCUGAGCACAAAAUCCUGCAACAGCUGCGGAAUCGUGGGGAUGACGUGUUCGUCGUGACCGAGGUGCUGCAGACACAGAAGGAGGUGGAAGUCACCCGGACCCAAAAGCAGGAGGGCUCAGGCCAGUUUGCACUUCCGGGAGCCAUGUGCCUGCAGGGCACAGGCGAGGGCCACCUGAGCCAGAAGAAGAUGGUCACCAUCCCCUCGGGCAGCAUCCUCGCAUUUCGGGUGGCCCAGCUGGUUAUUGGCUCUGACUGGGACAUCCUCUUCUUCCCGGACAAGAAGCAGACGACCUUCAGGCCACAGCAGCACGGCUACGGGCCCUCCUACAUUGCAGGUGACCAGCUGCCGUGGUCCUCCUGCCUCACCUCCAUAAGGUUCCUCUCUGUCCACUUCAAGUUCCUGUCGGACGGGCCCGUGGAGGACCGGUUGGCGACCACCGAAGACUUCCAGGGCCUGCAGGCAGAAGUGGGGGCCUGGGCCGUGGGCCUGGAGGGCUUGUCCAAGGAGCCUUGUGGGCAGCUGCUGGGGGCCCUCGGGCAGGUGCUGCGGGACGAGGCCGCCCUGCAAGCCCUGGAUGAGUCGCUGGAGCACGGCCUGCGUGGAGGGCUUUUGGAGCCUCGGGAUGGUCCGGUGGGUGCUGUCCUCCAGUGCCUGGUGUCCUCCUCCAGAAGGCUGGAAGAGGAACUUGCCGGCCCCGUCUUCUACCUGCUGCAAGCUCUAGCUGUGCUGAGUGCAACCCAGCACGUGCUGCUGGCUGAGGUGCUGGAGAUGGGGGCCCUGUCGGGGGCGUUCAAACUGGUGGAGAGCCUUUUGGAGCAGAGCACCCCAUGGCAGGAGCGCAGGGCCGUGUCCCUGCCGCCCGAGCUCCUGGGGAGCAGCUGGGACUCAGAGGCACCCACCUGGGUCCUGCUGGAGGAGUGCGGCCUUGAGCCACAGGUGGGCGCCCCCCAGGUGUGCUGGAAACCGGAGGCCCAGGGCUGUGCGUAUGCGCUUUACGCCUGCCUGGCUCUGCUAUUCAGGCUGAGCCGGCUCUGCUAGCCUGCAGUCCGCCCGCAGGGCAGCUCUCUAGUCUGGGCAGAGCUCAUGCCCACCUAGCUGCCUGGAGCCACACCCAGCCAUGUGAGCAGCUCACCACAAGGCCUGGGAGUUGAGGAAAGCCAAUAAAUGUGAUGAACAAAGGGAAAAUGCUCACUGAGCUUUUGAGGGGCCCUAUGUCAGGGGUCGGGGCAGCGAUGGGGAUGGUGCCUCCGCAUGGGGAGGGACCGGGGGGCUGAGAGCAGGCAUCUCUCCCGUGGGGCUGAGGGGGCGCUCCCUGUGCUGCACCUGACCACUCCGGAGCGAGCAGCCACGUGGCCGGGCUCCUGGCCCCCUCCCCCAGCAGGCUGGCCUGGAAAGAACGGGACAGGGCGAUUCCAGCCCUCAGGAUGGUUCUCUGUCUGCCUCAGGGAACUUGAGAACGUACUGAUG